UUAUGAUCUCAUUCCUCUGUGUUCACAACCAUACAUAACACAACAUACUAUUUUAGGUUAGAUUUUGCAAGCAUAUGGUCAAAAUUUGUUAUAACGAAAUUAAUUAAAGAUGGACAGUAAGGUGCCAUUAUACAACAUUGUAAAGUUUGUUAAAAGCUCUAGUAUUCCAAAAGAACGACUGGCUUCACUUAAACUGCCCAGAGAUUUAAAUUUAGGUGGCACCAAACCCAAGAAAAUUUACGCACCUAAUUUGAAUGUAAUUCGCAAUAAAGAUAAGUCCAGAGAGCAUUUAAAAAAGUCCGAAAACAUUAACCAUAGGAGAGGAAAUGACAGGAGAAAUAACCAUAAACAAAAAGAAAUUAACCCUUCCAGAUACAUACAGUCCAGUGGAAUUUUCUCGGAAGGAACAGCAGAAACUAAGAGAUCCUCUCAGAGUUUUGGUGGAAGAGUAUCAAAUUAUUCUGACCGUGACAAUGUUGCUUCAAUUGUUAUGCCCAAACUUAACCGUAACUCAUGGAAUGUUAAUAAAACAGAGGAAGCUACAAUUGCUACUGAUCUUAUGAUGUGUGACGAAGAUGAUUCUAGCACAGAUAUUGAAUAUGAACCUGUGAUCUUACCUUUAGAUAGAAAUAAGGAGAAGUUUUCAAAGAAUUUCACUGUAAUGGAUGAUGAAAUUAAAGUAAAAAAAGAAGUGAGUGAUGAACUAGCGGGAACUGUCUCCACAUUAACAAACAAUAAUUCACAUUUAAUUAAUAAAGGUAAAUUAUCUUUGAUUUGUAUUAUUUUUAAACUAAUUUACUUUUUACUUUAUACNCGUAAAUAG